UUUAUGGCUCACAAUUUAGACAUAUAAUUAUAUAAAGGAAUUAAAUAUUUCAGAUCCUAAUAACAGCAAAUUAGGCAGAAAAGGGCAAGCUACAGCUAAAAGUUGCAGACAAAGAUUAGAAGAUUUCAGCCUCACCCAGGGCACUCUGCAUCUAUAUUUGGAGAAACGCUGAAUGUUAUCUUGCUUCUUCUUAAGCUCACCCUUUUCUUCCAUAAUUAUAGAUUUAUAACUGCAUUGCAUGCACCCUUAAGUCAGAGAUUCAGAGCCUUUUUUUUUCCUUUGUAAAGAAGCACAACAAAUUGUUCACAGAAGGCAUACCAAAAACAUUAAUUAUGGCAAAUACACAAUCUUAAAUAUCAGUGUUAGCAAUGGGACUUCCUAGAGUGAUUGCCAAACUUAGCAACUUGAAGUCAGUCUCAAGCUCGACUUUUGAUGAAGACAGGAACACAAAUUGGCAUUCAUAUGACUCGUGGCUAGAGAAGCACCCUUCUGCUUUGGACAAAUUCCAGAAGAUGAUGCAUGGAGCUGAGAACAAAAAAAUUGUUGUGUUCUUAGAUUACGAUGGAACCCUUUCACCAAUUGUUAAUGACCCUGAUGUUGCCUUUAUGACUGACAAGAUGCGCGCUGUGGUGCAUGAAGUUGGCUGUUGUUUCCCAACUUCAAUAAUCACUGGAAGGAGCAGAGAAAAGGUAUAUGAUUUUGUCCAAUUGGACAAUAUUUACUAUGCUGGCAGUCAUGGGAUGGAUAUAAUGGCCCCAUUGCAGCCAUUAAGGGUUAGGGAUUGGAAGUAUCAUGCAAAAGCAGUUGACCUAAAGGGAAACAAGCUUGUCAUCUAUCAACCAGCAAACAAGUAUUUGUCUGAAAUUAAUCAGAUUCAGAUGUCACUAAAAGAGAAAACUGCAGCAAUUGAUGGUGUGAAAAUUGAAGACAAUAAGUUCUGUAUGUCUGUCCACUUCAGAAAUGUAUCAGAUGAGGACUUGAGCUCAUUAGAAGAGGAAGUGAAGUCUGUACUUGAAGAGCAUCCACACUUUCGGCUAACAAGAGGUAAAAAGGUCUUGGAAAUACGCCCUCCCAUUGACUGGGAUAAGGGUCAUGCUCUAGAAUAUUUACUUGAUAGCCUCGGGUUGGGUAGCUCCAAUGAUGUUCUCCCAAUAUACAUUGGAGAUGACACAAGUGAUGAAGAUGCCUUUGAGCUCAUACACCGAAAGAGACAAGGCUAUUCCAUCAUCGUCACUUCCAUCCCAAGAGAAACAUGGGCAUCGUACUCCUUGUAUGACACAACAGAAGUCAUGUUAUUCUUAGAGUACCUAACCAAGUGGAAGAGCAUCAGCCCGGCAAGUUAGUACCACAAUGUUCAGAAGGGACUCGGUACAUUCACAGCUGAUUGGCAAGCCACCAGGCCACCAAGUCAGCCAAGGGAAAUCGCUAUUGACAGGUCCUAAGAUCGCUUAUUUCACUACUUGAUAAUCAUACAUGAACCUAAUCACAAAAAAGGCGAAGUCUACUCAGAAUGAUCUUCUAAAUCAUGAAGUACACCCCCAUUUGGCAUCAAUAUUCAAUAACAAAUGAUGCCUAUAGAGGUCAAUAGCUUGGUUUUCCCGAGAUUUUCUAAAUAUGAUAAUAUUGUAUAAUAAAAUGUGGGUGUACUUGUUUUCAAUAACAAUAUCCUAUUGCUUUCAACAAUCUUCUCAUUCAUCUUCACAUUGUUUUUUAUUUUUUUUUUGGGAAUUUCAGAUAAAAUUUUCUCAGCAGCAAAUUAUUCUAGCUAAAAAACCUGCUCAAUCAAACAUUGCGAUACAAAUCAAAUGAAUUAUCCAAUCAAUCAAUCAUGUAAUUUAGGCUCUAAAUUCAGAUGAUUUCCACAGAAUUAAUCAUGUAAG